CAACACCUGUUCCCCAUCACAAUUGUUAUACUCCAUUAACCAUGUCCAGAACUACCGUCUGCAGAUGGCUCCCCAAGGACCCAGCGGCCGUUGAAACAUUCGUGAGCGACUUGCUCGUGCGCAGUCGCGUUAUCCAUGGCCGUAAUCCUAAGACCCGCAACCUGGAGACGGCGAUAAGCAAAACCAACAUUGAGCUCGACGUAAGGCGCUUACGGUGCCACUAUCGCAUCACCGUCGGCCGAGGAGCAAGUUUAUACUUACAGGAAUUCCAAGAUUACAUUGAGAAGGAGGGUGUGGUCUAUGCUGCGUUCAACGAAAUGUUCGAGCAAGCUCCCCCGCCUCAGAACGAAGACCAGGAAAAGAUCGAAGACUAUGUGGACUUGAUGGAGAUGAUCGACACGAACCUGACGACAGCACCCAGUUUUGGUGAGGGUGUGAGCGCUAUGGUGGCGGCUGUUCCCUAUUACGGUAUCAUUUCGCGUUUCUGCAACACUCCCGCGGGCUAUAACGCGUUCACCCACCCCGGAGUCAAUGAGAGAUUCUGCAGGGUGUUCACGAAAUGGCACGAGUACCUCACGUCGACGGCGUCCACCAACGUCAUCCACGAUGGAGAAGGCGGUUGGCUCAGUACCGCAGCGCUCAAUGCCAUGGUCCAAAGUGCCGGUGGCACUCCCGGUCAGGAUACGUUCGAGAACUUUUACAUUUGCGACACCAGCGAUCCUCACUAUGGUUUCAAGUCUUAUGACGAGCUCUUCGUCAGGGAGUUGAGAGCCGUCCAUCGUGCCGUAGUUUAUCCUGACAACCCAGCGAUCAUCAACUCUGCAUGCUCGUCUACCGUUCACCAGAGGACGAUCUUAUUGACACAUUCAGUCGGCGGGACUCUUAUCCAGGCUAUGCUUGGAUCUCUCGACUACCACGGCUGGCGCAGUCCUGUAAACGGUACUGUCGUGAAGACACGCCUCAUUUCUGGCGCGACGCAUCCUAACCCACCGCCUACCUACUACGCCGCUUGCUUGGAUGAUGACAAUACGGAUCUGGACGUCAUUUCCCGCUCGCAAGACUUCGUCUCGAACGUCUCCACACGUGCUUUGAUCUUCAUCCAAGCUGAGGAGCCCGUUGGCUUGAUGUGCUUCGUGGGUGUUGGCUUGGGCGAGGUGUCGACCUAUAACGUUGUCGUCAAGGAGGGUCAGGAGCUCAAGAAGGGAGAUGAGCUGGGCCAGUUCCACUUUGGAGGAUCUACCCACUGUCUCAUCUUCCAACCUAGCCUGACCGUGACGAAGAUUGAUCAAGACGGCAAAGAUUUGGAGGGAUCGAAGGUGCGGGUCGGCAAAGACAUCCUCACUGUGACAAAGCAGAAUUGA